CAUUAUUUAAAGGACUUGUUUAGAAGACAAUAACAUAGAGCAAAAUGGCUGAGGAAAACAAAGUAAUUCUUCACAAAACAUAUGCAAGCAGUUAUGCUAUGAGAGUAGAGUUGGCUCUCAAAAUCAAAGGCAUACAGUUUGAGUAUGUUGAUGAAGAUUUGAGCAACAAGAGUCCUGAGUUGCUCAAGUACAAUCCUGUUCACAAGAAGGUCCCUCUGCUUGUCCACAAUGGUAAACCUGUUUCUGAGUCCCUCAUCAUUCUUGAAUAUAUCGAUGAAACCUGGAAGACCGGUCCUCUAAUCUUGCCUCAGGAUCCAUAUGAGAGAGCCAGAGUUCGUUUCUGGGCCAAUUUCAUUGAUCAGCAUCUCAUACCUAGCACAAGGAAGGUCUGGUCAACUACUGGGGAAGAACAAGAGAAGGCUAAAGAGGAAAUUAUGGAAAAAUUGAGAAUUCUUGAAGAGGGGUUGAAGACCACAAAUCAUGAAAAUGAUAAUUUGGGACUCCUACAAAUCUUGUUGGUUACUCUAUUUGGUUCAUAUAAAGUAUAUGAAGAGGUUCUUGGUAUGAAGAUUUUGGUUCCAGAAAACACCCCACUACUUUAUUCAUGUGUGACAAGUUUAAACAAGUUGCCACUGGUGAAGGAAGUUUGUCCUCCUCAUGAUAAGAUGGUUGCGUUAGUCAACGUCUAUAGACAAAAAUUAUUAAAAUCCAGCACCAAGUGAGCUGCUUCUGCUUUUGUGAGUUGCAAAUAUGUUGAGUUUAUAAUAAAAUCAUUGAACUUUGUUUUGUAUCAAUAAAUUUAGUCAUUGCAUCAA